AUGCAGAUUCCUCUGGGGAAGCCUGCAAUAGUCCUCUGGAUGCUGGUCAUCACCUUUUCUGCACUCCCUAAAGGUACCCUUUCCAACAUAAAGAUGGUGGCAUCUGGUCCUAAGGCAGGGAAGGUCUCUGGCUCAUUCUCACUCACCUGCACUAUAGAGGGAACAGCUCUGGACAGCCCUCGAUAUGACUGGAAUUGUGUCCGUCAGACCCCAGGAGGGCACCUGCAAUUUGUAGGCUGGAUCUACCCUUUUGGGAAUAACACAGGCUAUUCCCUAACCUUCCAAGGCCGAGUUACCCUUUCUGCAGAUAAAAUCAAAAGCAAGGUCUCCCUGCAGCUGCAUUCCCUUACAGCCUCGGACACAGCCACCUACUUCUGUGCCAGGCAGCACACAUAUGGUGAGGAAGGUGGGUUUAUUUGACUAUGUGCAAACAGUGUGGCAACAGACAAGCUCGUAUUUGGAACGGGAACAACUUUUUCAGUUGAGCCAAGUAAUCAAAAAGAAUCUGCCCCAGAAGUCAUUGUGCUCAAAUCAGAGAAGCUUAAACAACAUGACAACAAACUGAACACGGCUUGUUUGGCGAGGUCUUUCUACCCUGAGAACAUCAGCCUUGAUGUGCCUGAGAGUGUUGUUUUGUAUGACCUGAAGGCACCUCUGGUCACGGCUGGGGGGAUGUACAGCACCAUGAAGGUCGUUGGAGUGGAGCCAGAUGCAGAGGUGACCUGCAAGGCUACGCACAAAGGGAACAGGAGCAAAGCCAGCACAACUCUGCCAGAAGAGAAAACUGAAGAAUUUGGAACAGUUAAUGAUUGCAGCAUUACAGAUGCUUCUAAAAGAGGUGAUGUCAAAACAAACGCACUCUUCAUGGCUGUUUUGGCUUUGAGAGUCCUGCUGGCAAAGAGCAUCAUCUUCAAUGCACUCAUGAGUAUCAAGCUGUUCCUCUUUCAGGCUAAUCCAGAGCAUCUCAGGUUCUAUUAGAAAUCUGUGGGUUGUUUCAAGUGGCAAAGCACAAAGUCUGGGUAA